GUCGGCCACGACUGUUCGGCCUGAUUAGGGAGGGGGCGACACUGAGAUGGGGGCGGCGGCGGCGGAAGCGGAUCGCACUCUCUUUGUGGGCAACCUUGAGACUAAAGUGACAGAGGAGCUCCUUUUCGAGCUUUUCCACCAGGCUGGGCCAGUAAUAAAGGUGAAAAUUCCAAAAGAUAAGGAUGGUAAACCAAAGCAGUUUGCUUUUGUGAAUUUCAAACAUGAAGUAUCUGUUCCUUAUGCAAUGAAUCUACUUAAUGGAAUCAAACUUUUUGGAAAGCCCAUCAAAAUUCAAUUUAGAUCAGGAAGUAGUCAUGCCUCGCAGGAUGUCGGUUUGUCAUAUCCCCAGCAUCAUGUUGGAAAUUCAAGCCCUACCUCCACAUCUCCUAGCAGCAGGUACGAAAGGACUGUGGAUAACAUGACUCCAUCAGCACAGAUAAUUCAGAGAUCCUUCUCUUCGCCAGAAAAUUUUCAGAGACAAGCCGUGAUGAACAGUGUUUUGAGACAAAUGUCAUAUGGUGGAAAAGUUGGUUCUCCACAUCUGGAUCCAUCGGGAUUUUCACCAUCAGUUCAGUCACAUAGUCAUACUUUUAACCAAUCUUCAAGCUCCCAGUGGCGUCAAGAUACACCAUCACAGCGCAAAGUCAGACAGAAUUCUCAUCCCUACCCUGCAGAUAGACAUUAUAGCCGUGAACAGCGUUAUACUGACCAUGGGUCUGACCAUCAUUACAGAGGAAGCAGAGAUGAUUUUUUUUAUGAAGAUAGGAAUCAUGAUGGCUGGAGCCAUGACUAUGACAACAGAAGAGACAGUAGUAGAGAUGGAAAAUGGCGCUCAUCUCGACACUAAUGAGUGUUCAAAGGACAUUGUUUUUAUAGAGUCAUUUUAGGCCCUUUUGCCUAACUUCUGGAAAUAUUUUGUUGAAAACUGUACAGAGCAGCUUUACAAGUUGCUGCAUUUCUUCAUAAAUUUUUUUAAAUCUAUAGCUACAGUUUAAUACAGAAAUGGAAAGAAUUGUGGUUCCAAUUUUAUUACACUAAUAACCUUUUACUCAGGUUUUGAUGAAGAAGAAAGAGUUUUAUGCAAAAAUGCCUAAAUUCUUAAUCGUUUUAGAUAGUGUAGGAAGGGGCAAAUUAUAUAGAUUGGUUGUACUAUAAAGCAAAUAUUUUAAUUAUUUUCUUUUUGUAUUAUGAGAAAUUUCUGUUAGCAAAACAGAUUUCAGUGUAUAUAAUAGAAAACAUCCAAGUUGAUAGUCUGAAAUGGGUAUGAGUAUUUUGUGAAUAUAUUAGAAAAUACAACUUUUCAGUGAUUCAUUUUACUAACAUUUUAUUUGAGAAAGCUAUUGGUAAAGUUUGGGGAUAAAUCAUAUUGCUUAACUUCGGGAACUUAAGUAUCAGUUCUGUGGCAUGCUCUUUUUAAGUUUUACCCUAAUAGAACAUAUACGUGUAAAUCUACAUGUACUGUUUUAUUCUAAAAAUUUAUAAUUUGUCCAUUAAAUCAUUUUGUAUGACUAAAGUUACUCAGGAAGUUAAAUAUUUUACACGUAUAUUUUUACAUUAAAAAUACGGUGUUGGGGGCUGGCCGGUUAGCUCAGUUGGUUCAAGCUCAGCCUUAUAACUCCAAAGUCAUGGGUUUGGAUCCCCAUAACUGCCAGCUGUAAGAAAAAAAAAUGCAGUGUUAAUGUAAAUCCCCUUUUCCAGGAAGAACAAAAAUGCCAACACAUGGAUAAAGUGGUAAAAUGUUUUACUGAAAGUAUACUUUUCUGGAAGAAAGAUUCAUGGAAGUGUAAGUGCUGCCUCUAUCACUCAAACUUUAAAAUUUUUUAACAUUUUCAAAGUUUCUAGCACUUCUGUACAAAGCAUUUUAUUAUGGAGAUUGUACAUGUUGCUUUUUUGUUUGAAC